CUAACCCUACGUUGGCUCCAUAUUUUUAUUUAUUGAUUCUUGACAAUCAAUCAAUAACUCCAUUGAGACAGCAGCGCCAUGGAACCACGAAAAAUGUUAUAUUGUGGCAUUUGCUCAAUGCCCCCAGAGUACUGCGAAUUUAGCGGCACACAAGAAAAAUGCAAAGAGUGGCUUAAACUCCACCAUGAAGACGUGUACGAUGACAUGUACAGCGUGCAAGAUGUCGGCCAAGGCGUCGAAAAAGUUUCUCUGGAGGAUGCGUCCGGUGAAAAGCGAUCGGACCGUACACUGGUCAAGGACAAGUCGGCCAAAUUGGAAGCUAAACUGGAACGUGAAAAUAAGAAAAAGAUGUCAUCUCGUGUGAUUAUCAAGCGCGUGGAAAGAACAAAGAGAAAAUGUGUUACCACCAUUCACGGUUUGGAUAUUUUCGAUGUCGAUUUGAAAAAGGCGGCAAAAAUGUUUGCCAACAAAUUUGCAUGUGGUUCCUCAGUCGCCAAGAACAACCAGAAUCAGGAUGAAAUUGUUGUUCAGGGUGAUUUCUCGGACGAGUUAUUCGAUCUUAUUCUUGCCAACUGGUCUCAGGUACCCGAGGAUAACAUUGAUAUCGUAGAGGAAAAGAAGAAGAAGGGUGGCAAUUAAUAAAAAGAUGACCAACUGAUCCAUGUAUCAAGGUGCUUGUUGUUGUUUUCUCCUUCUCCCUAAUUUGGCGGUCGAAAAUAGCUGGUCUCCUUAUGUUAAUAG